UCCAACGUUAGCGAAAGGACGUUGUUCAAUAAUUUGUUGUCGAACGAUUUACAUAAUGAAUUCAAUAAGAUCGAAACAAGAAAGUGAUGAUUUUACGCUGGAAUACGCCAGGGGUAGUGAUGUUCCAUCAGAUAUCGAGCCGAACGACAAAAGACCGAUUGACCCGAGAGCGGAUAAACUGGAUAUGGGGAACAAGAACGUUUCAAGCUCAAUGACAUUGUCCAAUACUAGCAUGCACGAUGAUCCAGAAGAGGAAUACAUUCGUAAUCAUUUGAUCAAUCUUCAUGUGUACCAUGGAGUGCUAUUUGGAUCGGAAGUGGAGAAAAUUCUACAGUGGGAUCGUUCGUAUCUUGUGAGACGAGCAAUCACAGAACCUAUGAAAAAGUUUCUGUGCAUCUCAGUCAAUUGGAAAAAUAAAGUUUUUCAUUAUCAACUUGACUUCAAUGAUGAUGGAUGGAGCUGCACAAAGCUGUACGAAAAAUUCCCGCCGAUGCCAAAAAGACGAUUCCUUCAUAUGAGCCAACUUCUGGAGGUGUGGUCACAAGCUACGCCAUUCCUGAUUCCAAUGCCACGUAGACCAAACGUUCUGUUUCAUAGUACAGUCCUUCUGGAGAAGAAGUUGGGUUCCGGAGCAUUUGGAGUAGUGUUCAAAGGGAAAUACCAGGCAUUCGGAAGCACGAAUCCUCCAUUAGAAGUGGCAGUGAAAAGAAUAAUUGGAAAUUCAAAUAGAAAGCAGAUUCAAGAAUUCUGCAAUGAAGCUCAAAUUAUGUCAAUGUUGCAACACGAUAAUAUGGUUGCGUUUCGUGGAUUUGCAUCACUUGAAGAACCAAUUAUGGUUGUUAUGGAGCUGAAGUACCUUCGGACUACUCGAGACAUUCCAAAACGGCAAAUCUUCUGGUUUGCAAUGAACGUGGCUUCUGGAAUGAAACAUCUGUCUUCCAAAGGAAUAAUUCAUCGAGACUUGGCCGCAAGAAAUUGCCUCGUCACACAGGAUCUCAAGGCCAAAAUAUCUGAUUUUGGGUUGUCUUGUCAAGGAACAGAAGUGACAGUGACAAACCUUUGCAGAGCCCCUCUCAGAUGGAUGGCACCGGAGAGUUUCAAUUCUGGAACGUUCAAUGAAAAGACAGAUGUAUGGUCUUAUGGAGUGCUUUUGACGGAGCUCAUGACAAGAUGUGAGCACGAUCCACUGUACCCGAUGAGUCUGAAAGAUGCGAAGGCAUGGAUAGCCUCAGAAAGUUUCCCUCAUAGAAUUGUGAAUGGUGAUCCGAAGGAACUGAUGAGUCUCGUGGAUGCGUGCUGUGAUAAAAACGUGAAAGACCGGAUCAAGUUCAACACGGUGAAGCGACGAAUCUCUGACAUCUAUUCCGAGGCAAUGAGCAAAGCUUCCGUUCAGGAUGGUCAGAUGCCAUUUACCUCAACUGCUGUUGCUUUAGAAGCGAAACCAUCAGAAGAACGAACAAAAAUAGCACCUUCAUUGAAUCGGAAGAAAUCUGCCGAUAAGCAGAGGAUCCAUUCAAUACGGCGACUCUUCCCAUCACUUCGUCGUAAAAACAAGGAUCAAGUCAUACUGCCAGCCGGAAUUUCUGUCGGCCCAUCAAGUAAUUCAACCAAACCACCAUCAUCGGAACAGCCAAACACAGGAAGCCAAUCUUCAAAUGCGCCAUCAACACCACCACCGCAAGCAAAAUAAAUGUAUUUUGUAUUAUCGGAUUUAUUUUUCUAAUUAAUGAAAGUUUUGGCGGCUA